ACACAAUAUGCAGCAUUCAUAUAGUCAAACCAAUUGUGGUCCCUUUUGAUUCAUUCCAUAAAAUUCUUUGUUCAGGUAUUCAAUGCAUUUGAAUGACCCAAGUCUUGAGAAAUAGCCUAAUCUACACACAAAAUAUGAAAAUGUAUCAUUUGCAUUGCUUGAAGCACAAUAUUUCUAUUGUCAUCCCCGUCAAGCAGUUGGCUCGUGGAUCGCCCACGAGGGGCAGGGCUUAUGCGCGGCUUUUAUAAACCCGGCAGCGUCACUUCACACACUGAAAGCCGCUUGCUGUCAAAGGAGCUUAGUAUUGUGUUGUAACAGACCGCCAAUAAACCACCGUCAACAUGAUUAUCGAAAUUGAAGAUAAGGAUUCCUUCUUCAGUGCCCUGAAGGAAGCAGGAGACAAGCUGGUGGUAGUAGACUUCACAGCCUCCUGGUGUGGCCCCUGCAAGAACAUUGCACCCUUCUUCAAAGGGCUUUCGGAAAAACCAGAGAACAAGAAUGUGGUUUUCCUCAAGGUGGAUGUGGACGAGGCAGCGGAUGUGGCCAAACACUGUGACAUCAAAUGCAUGCCGACGUUCCAUUUCUACAAGAAUGAGAAAAAGGUGGAUGAUUUCUCUGGGUCCAACGAAGCCAAACUGGAGGAGAAGGUCAACACUCUGAGGUCAUGAGGAAGAGGCUGACACGCACAUCUGCACUGACGCUGUACAAACGCCACCACCAACCAACCGUCUUUAGACCGAACUCGCCCUUGAAGGAAUAAUUCCACUAUAGUCCCAAUUCCCUCUCGAAGGACAGAUUCCACCAUAUGUACAACAAAACAUUGUUUUAAUUCAAUGAUUAUUCCAUUUUUAAAAUAGGUAUUUAAUGUUAAUGCCAAACCAUGCCUCUAAAUCCUCCAGUGUAUUAGUCGUUCUUGUUCAGGUCAGGAGUUUAUCUCCAUUUUUAAAAAGGACCAUAAUAUUUUAAUGUAUUUUUAUAUAUUAGAGCAAUGCUGUUGGGAUUUUGAAUGUUCUGUUGAAGUGGGUGGAUUCAAUAAAUGAAGAUGAAUGCUGA